CGGCCCCGGGCCGGGCCGCGGGCUGCCGCCCUGGGGCUGCCGGAGGAUUGCCUCGGUGCAGCCGUGGCGAUCUUCUCCCUUGAAACGGGCGUAUUUACACUUCUGACCCCGUAAGUGCUAGUAUGUAAACAGGGCCCUGCUCCUGCACGGAGCCAUGAGCAGAGCUGCGGAGGUGUCGCGGCAGCCCGCAGCAAGUCAGCUGAAGCUCCUUUGCGGAGUUUCAACACCAGCAAGCUAAUAAACCAUUUUCACAAAUGCAUUUCCCAUAAAUAAACGAAUAAGUGCUUCCUAAUGCUUCUACACAUUCAGAUGUUCGUUCUCCAAAUGACUCAAGUGUUUUAAGCUGAUUGUCAUAAUUCGGUGUGUAACACUUCAAUAUCUGUAGCUCGGAAGAUGAGGUGGAUGUGCUCUUACACGGCACUCCUGACCAGAAGCGGAAGCUGAUUCGGGAAUGCCUGACUGGGGAGAGUGAGUCUUCCAGUGAUGAUGAGUUCCAAAAGGAAAUGGAAGCGGAACUGGACACCACCAUGAGGACUUUGGAAGGCAAAUGGAAAUCACCAGAAAUGGGUACUUCCUCAAGUACUGGGCAGACUGGACCUGCCACCACUUCAAAAUACUAUGAUGACAUUUACUUCGAUUCUGAUUCAGAGGAUGAAGAUAAAAUAGUUACACAGGAUGUCUGGAAAAACAGAAGACAUCAGCAGCGUCGGAUUCUUUCCAAUGAUGAACUGCUGUAUGACCCAGAAGAAGACAGCAGAGACCAAGCGUGGGUGGACUCACAGAGGAGGAGGUACCGUAAUCAAAGAAGAGUGCUGCCGCAGCAGCAGCAGCAGCCGCCAAAACCUUCAGCUGUUCCAAACAGUGAUGCUGUUUUGAAUUGUCCUGCUUGCAUGACAACAUUAUGCCUGGACUGCCAGAGACAUGAAUCUUACAAGACACAAUAUAGAGCAAUGUUUGUGAUGAACUGCGUUGUUAAGAAAGAGGAAAUUCUGAAAUACAGAAAGAAGCUAAAGAAAAGAAGUAAGAAAAUGAAGCACAGCAAAGAAACUACCUCUACACAAUCAAAUCAAGAAGAGGAGGAAGUGUAUCAUCCGGUAUUAUGUACUGAAUGCUCAACUGAAGUGGCAGUAAUGGAUAAAGAUGAAGUUUUUCACUUCUUCAAUGUUCUAGCCAGCCAUUGUUAAUGUGCAAAAGCAGGGGGAAAAAAAUCCUGCACUGUUUUAAGACUGUGUGAACUAUCGGAAAUGCAGUCAUGUUAACCUUUUUUAAAUACGUUGUUUUUUUUUUAAAUGUGCAUUUUCAUCAGAGAACUUUAUAGCGAUUGGGUUUUUGCAAAGUUUACAAAAGCAAUACGCUUAACUGCGUGCAUUUGAGAGCACUGUUCUUUCAUGCUGUCAGGUGGUUGCAUCACUGAGAAUUUAAAAUUUUGUAAAUACAAUGUAAGAUCUGUGUAUUAUGAUCAUUCCCUGUAUAUAUACUAUCCAUUAUGUCAUGUAUUAGAACUGCUGCUUAGAAUAAAUACUGUCUAGUAACUGGU